GCCAAAUUCCCAGUGGGAUGAAACAUUGGGUGGCAAAGAGCCAAAGAGUGUCCCAGGCACUUCCCUUACAUCAGAGAAACCCACCAGCCGCUGGAACAUGGGCUCUGGGGGCAGUAACCUGGGCCUUCCUGAGCACAGCAUCGAGGACAAGCAUUGCAGCCAUGGGGGUUGUUUCAGGGGAGCUCUAAGGGAAUUGCUUCAGUGAGACAACCUUGGGGUGCUGCUGGGGUCAGAGGAAGUGUCCUGGGACCAGUGUUGUGGAUUUACAGACACCAGACAAUGUAACACGGUCUGACCCUGCUAAGAAUGCUGGGUUCAAGUGAAUGUUUCCAAUGAGUUUUUUGUUAGUUCUUUGGUUACAGCUCAGGCUGGUGUUUCCAGAGAGGGACCCCUACCCCAAUUCACACCUCUCAGUUGUACCCCUGACACUCAUCACCCAACCCAAGCCAAUCACUAAAUUCUGGUUGGCAGUAUCUUGAUUUCUUGCUGGGUUUCACUGGAGCUGGGCUGGCUGCCUUCUGAUGUUCCCUUAUUCUCCUGGGAUUGUCUCCUUGGCCCUUAUCACCUCCAUUCUGCUCAUAUCUGCUGAAUUCCAAGGCUGUUGUGUUAGCAGCAUCAUUUUAUCAAAAGUUUAUGUUUGGUCAGCUCUUACGGCCUAAAGCUUUGGCUGCUUCAGGUGCUAAUGCUGAGCCAGCAGUGCUAAAGGAGACUGUUCAGGCAGGAGAAUACAGUUCAGCAAUUUCUGCUGUAGCGUCAGCACUGAGCUGCCCGGGACCCCCGUGCCUCAGUCUGGUCCUGCGGUUCUGCACGCUCCCUGUAUUACCACACUUACUUGUAUUCCCGCACACUUUCCCUGUAUUCCCGCACGUUCCCUGUAUUCCCACACUUUCUCUGUAUUCCCGCAUUUUCCCUCUAUUCAUACCCGUUCCCGCAGCCCGGCCGCGCUCGCUCGGUGCCGGCUCAGGGGAGCGUGUCGGUCCGUGUGGGCAGAGCCAGCCGUGUUCGAGCCGUGCCUCACGGACACAGCGUGAGCGGGCAAAGGUCACCGCACCGCCCCGCCGCCGCCGUGCCCGCCGCCGCCAUGCCCCGCCGCCGUGCGGAUCGGUUCCUCCUUCGCCCGGGACCGGCAGGGGAAGCGCGGGGUGAGUGCCGGGCAGCGUGAGCCGUGCCAGGCUGGGGAGCUGGGGACAGCCCUGCGAGAGGCACCGCCAUGGCCCGGCAGGAGCGGGACAGGGGCGAGGCAGAGCAGAAGGUAGCUGGCAUCUCCCGGAGGUUCACCUUCCUGGAUGGCGCCCAGCCCCGAGCGGGCGGCCCGGCCCGCGGCUCCCAUCUCUGGCCCGCCACGCUGGAGCGUUUCCAUACGCCGCAGAACACGGACACCAACAAAAGCACCAACUGGAGCAGGCACAGCCUGGGGAGCUGGGGUAGGACUUCAGGCAGGUUCUCCGUUAGCCCCAGCAGUACCCGGAGGAAGGAGCUGAAGGAAAUCCUCCUGCAGAGCAACAGCUCUGGCAGCACCUUGCGGUUUGCCACUGCCCAGAAGACAUCCAGCAGCAGCAGUGUUCCUGCAGGGCUGCACCAAGAGCAGAAGCCUGAGCAGAGCCCUGAUCUGCUGCCUCUUGUCCUUGAUCCCCUGGAGCACGCGUGGCUGCUGACGGUGGCCGAGGGCGAUGCAGACAGCAUCAUCAAGCUGCUGGACCUGGAUCCCAGCCUGCUGACCAGGAGAGACUUUGUGACAGGCUUCACCGCUCUCCACUGGCUUGCCAAGCAUGGCCACCAUGAGAGCUUCAUCCAGGUCAUCUCCCACGCCCAGAAGAAAGGCUACCCUGUGAACAUGAACAUCCCCACAGCCAGCGGCGGGCUCACCCCUUUGCACCUGGCUGCCUUGCAGGGACACGAGGUGCUCAUCAAGGUGCUGGUGGGAGCUUACGGGGCAGACACCACCUGCAGGGACCACAAUGGGCGCAAGGCUUGGCAGUACCUGCCAGCACACACCUCCAGGGACCUGAAGGAGCUGGCAGGGGCCUUGGAGGAGGAUUUGGUCCAGCUGCACUCCCACAACACCAACAACAACUGUAAGUCAUCCAGAGAGGCUGGGGCAGGGCAGGACUGUGUGGACUCUGGGGCUGAGGGAAAAGCUGCCCAACACUCCUGGGGCCUGUCGACCCUACGAGGCUUUGUUAGACAGGCCUUUGCUUUCUUCCAUGAGCGCUGAAGCUCUCCUGCCUCCAUUCACCAGUAAACCCAUGCUGGAUAGCAGCUGGAAAAGCCUGCAGGGAGCUGGGAACUUGGCUACUCAAAAUCCUGCCCAAGUGAGGGUUAAGCCAUGGCACCAUGGCCACCCUGGGUCUUGUGGUCUUUUGGGGCUAUUCCAGUGGCUGUGUGGAGCACCAUGGCCAUUGGGAGCAGUACCUUGGGACAGCCCUUCCAAAAAACUGCCUGUCUGUGCCCCCAUGGAUGGGGACUCCUUGCUGCAUCCUAACAGAUCACCAUGGUCAGGGCUCACGUGUCAGCUGUGCUGUGGGGAGCUGCUCCAACACCCUGCUUGCCCACCAUGGAUGGUCAGGAGGAUGCUGACCCACCAUGUGUGGAUUUCACGCUGCAAACACCUUCCAGCUUCCUCUGAAAUCUCCUGCCAUAUGCACCUUCUCUGGGUUGAUGUUUGUUUAUGACAGCUGAUUAUAAAGGUGAUUCUCAGUGGAGUAAGGGCUAAGGGCCCUGUUAGAAGAGUCCAGGCCAAGAAAAGCCUUUCAAAAUGCAAAACAACUCACACUGGCAACCCUUCCCUUGAGAUCCCAUCCCAGGAAGCCUGAAAUGCUCAUCCUCAUUAGGAAUGGGGGCCAGAGCAAAGGAGGCAGGAAGGACACAAGGGAGGCUGCACGUGGUGGCCCCUGUGGGGAUUAGAGUUCAGGAACAGCUCUGCAAAGAUGAUUCAUCCUCAGAAACUGUGGAAAAGGUAUGUGAAGUCUGUGAGAUUGAGAUUAUUUUUAUUGCUACUGAGGUCAUGCUCAAAAAUGAAACUGAUGAACAUUGCUGCAGCAGCAUAACAGUGCAUGUAUGUCUGUCACUGCAUUAAAAGGGCAAAGCCUUU